CAGGGAGCCCUUGAAGAGUUAUUUGGGGUGGAGUGAUACAAUGAAAGCAGAAAGUAUUACUUGGAGGGUGUAUUCCAGAGAAUAAGUCUUCAAACAUCUUUGCCGUAUUGACUCUGAGUUGUCAGGGGACUCAGGCUUAUGAGGAGGUACUGUCACAAAAAACAGUGUCUAGUGAAGACGACAAGAAAGUGGGGAAAGGAUUGGAAAAAGAAGCUAAAACACUAUAGAAAACCAUGAGAUCUAUUAGAUCUUUUGCCAAUGAUGAUCGCCAUGUUAUGGUGAAACAUUCAACAAUCUAUCCAUCUCCAGAGGAACUCGAAGCUGUUCAGAAUAUGGUGUCUACUGUUGAAUGUGCUCUUAAACAUGUCUCGGAUUGGCUUGAUGAAACAAAUAAAGGCACAAAAACAGAGGGUGAGGCAGAAGUGAAGAAGGAUGAGGCCGCAGACGCCUAUUCCAAGGAUCAAGGUGGUCGGACAUUGUGUGGUGUAAUGAGGAUUGGCCUGGUUGCAAAAGGCUUGCUGAUUAAAGAUGAUAUGGACUUGGAGCUGGUUUUAAUGUGCAAAGACAAACCCACAGAGACCCUGUUAAAUACAGUCAAAGAUAAUCUUCCUAUUCAGAUUCAGAAACUCACAGAAGAGAAAUAUCAAGUGGAACAAUGUGUAGAUGAGGCUUCUAUUAUAAUUCGGAAUACAAAAGAGCCCACGCUAACUUUGAAGGUGAUACUUACUUCCCCUCUAAUUAGGGACGAAUUGGAGAAGAAGGAUGGAGAAAAGGUUGCGAUGAAAGAUCCUCCGGACUUAUUGGACAGGCAGAAAUGCCUGAACGCCUUGGCGUCUCUUCGACAUGCCAAAUGGUUUCAGGCAAGGGCAAACGGAUUAAAAUCAUGUGUAAUUGUCCUCCGCAUUCUGCGCGAUUUGUGCAACAGAGUUCCCACAUGGGCACCAUUAAAAGGAUGGCCACUAGAGCUUAUAUGUGAAAAGUCUAUAGGUACUUGUAAUAGACCUUUGGGCGCUGGGGAGGCCUUGAGACGAGUAAUGGAGUGUUUGGCAUCUGGAAUACUACUUCCUGGGGGUCCUGGUCUGCAUGAUCCUUGUGAGCGAGACCCAACGGAUGCUCUCAGCUAUAUGACCAUCCAGCAAAAGGAGGAUAUUACCCACAGCGCACAGCAUGCACUCAGACUAUCAGCCUUUGGCCAGAUUUAUAAAGUGCUGGAGAUGGACCCCCUUCCAUCUAGUAAGCCUUUUCAGAAAUAUUCCUGGUCAGUUACUGAUAAAGAAGGUGCUGGGUCUUCAGCUCUGAAGAGGCCAUUUGAAGAUGGAUUAGGGGAUGAUAAAGAUCCCAAUAAGAAGAUGAAACGAAACUUAAGGAAAAUUCUGGAUAGUAAAGCAAUAGACCUUAUGAAUGCACUGAUGAGGCUAAAUCAGAUCAGGCCUGGGCUUCAGUAUAAGCUCUUGUCUCAGUCUGGCCCUGUCCACGCCCCAGUCUUUACAAUGUCUGUAGAUGUGGAUGGUACAACAUAUGAAGCCUCAGGGCCAUCCAAGAAAACAGCAAAACUUCAUGUAGCAGUGAAGGUAUUACAAGCAAUGGGAUACCCAACGGGCUUUGAUGCAGAUAUUGAAUGUAUGAGUUCCGAUGAAAAAUCAGAUAAUGAGGGCAAAAACGAAACAGUGUCUUCAAACUCAAGCAAUAAUACUGGAAAUUCUACAACUGAAACCUCCAGUACCUUAGAGGUAAGAACUCAGGGCCCUAUCCUCACAGCAAGUGGCAAAAAUCCCGUAAUGGAGCUCAAUGAAAAAAGAAGAGGUCUUAAGUAUGAACUCAUCUCGGAGACUGGUGGAAGCCAUGACAAACGCUUUGUAAUGGAGGUAGAAGUAGAUGGACAGAAAUUCAGAGGUGCAGGUCCAAAUAAGAAAGUGGCAAAGGCAAGUGCAGCUUUAGCUGCCCUGGAGAAGCUGUUUUCUGGACCCAAUGCAGCAAAUAAUAAGAAAAAGAAGAUUAUCCCUCAGGCAAAGGGUGUUGUGAAUACAGCUGUGUCUGCAGCAGUCCAAGCUGUUCGGGGCAGAGGAAGAGGAACUCUAACAAGGGGAGCUUUUGUUGGGGCUACAGCUGCUCCUGGCUACAUAGCUCCAGGCUAUGGAGCUCCAUAUGGUUACAGCACAGCUGCCCCUGCCUAUGGUUAAUACUUUUAAGCAGUUUUCAGCACGUUUAUCUCACUUUAUUCUCGUUCUCCUCGGACCUUCGUAGCCAUAUCACUUGUAUAAAAUAGGCUGAGAUCUAGUGACUGUAAGCUGUGGUCUCAGUAAACAAAGGUAAGCUCUUUUAUUUUCUGAUUAAAGAGAAAAAUAACUAAAAGUCAAUGAACACAACGUGCAUAUAUGACAAUCAUACAGGAUGUAUUUGAUCUCUUAGGUCUUAUGUCAUCAUAUUACCUUUAAAAUUUUUAUGAUCUAAAUGUAAAAUAGUUAUUUUCAGCAUUUGUUUUAAUACCCUUGUAAUUACUUUUUAUUCAAGAGAGACAUUUCACUUUUACAAGUUAAAUGUGUAUAUGUGUGUAGAAACUUAUGAUAUUACAUAUAUGUGAAUUACACACACGGACCUGUUUUAAUAAAAGAAUUUGGUGGUGGGACGAGUUCACCUAAAAAGACUUUAAUGUCAGGGCACCCUUUUGGCCAAAGUGCUGGAAUUUCACAAGCAGCAAGAUUGGUAACAAUGCCGGUAGGAUCCAUUUCUGUGUAGCUGUUACACAAACAGAGGAUCAAAGUGCCAGUUUCUCAAGGAGAGAAACUUCUCUGAGAAAUGAAAAUCUCUGAUCUGUGUUGUAUGCCCUAAUACAACAGCAGCAAGAAGCCAUAAAAAGAAAAAGCAAUAGAAAAUGAAAAAAAACCAAACCAAAAUACUGAGGUAACUAUGGAAAAAUAGUAAUUGACUGAGUUAAGCUAACUAUUUGCAGAACCAACUUUGGCAAGACUCAGAAUGGUAAAUAUCCAGUCUGCAGAGACCAAAUAGACUUAAGGCAAUUCAUCUGUCUUUUCCAGGUUAGGUAGCUAGAUGAUUAAUUUCCCACCUUAGCCAUCAUGGAGUUCAUGUAGAAGAUGUGAGGGUUAGGCUUCAUUUAGUGUGUCCCAUAAAUACAUUUCACGUGUGUUAGAUGUUUUUUGCUGAGGCCGUAUUUGAUAUAUAGAGAUUAAAAUGAAUUUUAUGUUUUAUAUGUCUCUAAGUAGCAGUUUUCUUGUUAUUACUAACUUUGAAGGUUGCUGGAACAACGUUUUUCCCCAUACAGAAUCUGUAUGUAUGUCGAAUGUGGCUUUGGCAUCUAUAGAAGGUUGUAUGAGGUCUAGCGGACUAGUACUACGUACAUUCCAGUCCUCAUCGAGCAGCCGAGUGCCCAUUAUGUGCCAGGCCCUUCUCUGGGUACUAGCGAAACAGAGGCUCUGCCCAGUGCAAACGUAUCAAAUCUGAGAGUCUCCUUGUUGGUGGAAUGGGGCUGAUUAUAAAUCUCCUAGGUUGGGAGACAAAUGAUGCAUUGGCAGUGUCAAAACAUAAUUAACUUGGUUAGGAGUUUAUUUAUAAAUUAUUUAAUACUGUAGGCCCUCCGACAUCACUGAACUGGUCAUCAUUUGGAAAUUCACUCGUUUUAAAUUAUUUCCCUGGCAGUUUUGAGCGCCUGAAACCAACUCUGGUUUAUGUUCAUGGACCUCUCUCCAAGUAAGUGAACGGAAUGAAAUGAAGAACAAAUAUUCCAAUCAUUUUUAAGCAGUUUUUAUAGUAUAGCAAAGACCAAAGUGGUUGCUUUAAAUACCACAUUUUUUCGAUGACAAGUGAGAGGAAUUUUACCCUUAUAAUCAAUCAUUCAUUAUAACUUACCUGUUUAUUAGAUUAGUAACUGCUGUGGAGGCAAAUCUUUAGGAGUGAGUUAGGGGAAUGCACUAAGAUUUGCAGAUGCGGCCCCCCGCUGCUGCCCUCAGCAGUUAGAGCUGAAAACAACCUGCUCUGUGAAUGGACCUCCCAGACCUCCCACUCAGCACUGGCCUGUGCGUGGCAGUGGGUGGGGGGCGGAGGACGGACGGGCAGACUGGGGGGCGGGGUCUCUCUGAACUCUCAGAGCAAGAGAGGUUCUGCUGUAUUUGUACUUGCAAGCUAGAAGGAUCUGAUACCCAGUGACCAUAGGUUUCACAGUGUUACUAGGAGGCCUGGAAGGGAGAUAGGUGGUAAAUGAGUAACAACCGCAGAGUCAAGAAACUACCUACCGCUGAGAUGAGUUUCAGUAUUGAUGUUUCUCUCUAGCAGUAACUUACAGCGCACAAACUAGUACUUCUUAUGUAAGAAUGAGUCUCUUCCCUUUCUCAUCCUGUCUUCCAGAAAGACUGUUAAGUCAGGAAUUCAAGUUGAGUUAGUUGUAAGAAUAGCUAUCCUUUCCCACAUUAUCAUUUUAGGUGGGAGCUAACAGCUUCCAUUGAUACUUGAUGCAGUGAUCUUUGGAGAUUUUAAAAAAUAGCUCCAUAGUGCAAAUUAGGUUAUGUAAGCUUUACAGCACAGCUAGAAAUAGGGAAUAGAAACCAUGUGGGAAUCUGGGCCAAAGUAGUUCUCUCGCUCCAGCAAAUUCCCGUGGGACUUGGGGAUUUGAUGAGUUAAUACACGUGAAGUGCUGGGAAUUGUACCUGGUGCGCAGUAAGUAAGUAAGUGUUGCCGGUUCCUCCUGGGUUGGGUGAAGGUGUGUGAGGGAGGCAGCAAGGCUGUGCUGGCAGGUAGUGGAGAAGCGGGCGCAUGGCCUGCUCGGGGGGCUGCAUUGGUUUCUUGGUAUUUUCAGGUUCGGGAUGCUCCCGCACUUUGAGAGAAGACUCCUGGCAUCUGGGGACUAAACAGGAAGCAUAAAGCAAACACUUAGUGAGAGAGGUAGUGUGGGGAGGUCGCUGCAGAUCCAUGCUGACUGAAAAUGCUCGUGUUUCUGCUAUGGUGGUGAAAUCACCGGCCGCUCUGCUGCCAGGGAUUCGUAAAUACUUGCUUGGGGAUUUAAGUGUGCUUAGAACUUCAAAAGGGCUGAGCUUAGGAUAUCAACCUGCUGAUUCCAACUUUCCUCCCAGCGCAUUAAUAAGAAAAAGGAGGUGUGUGAUUACAGCUAGGCCUGGAAUCCAACAUCCAGAGCUCACCAGUGUUUGGCAGGUAGAAAGCAAGUUAUUAUAAACCACAGAAAGAGGAACCUGGGUGGCGUGCUUAGGCGGCCACGGACUCUGAUGCUUCUCUGCACAGCAUUCCUGCAGCUUCUCACUCCCAGUUUGCUUCCAUACUUCGGAACAAAUCGGAGCUCAUCACCACUUGAGGCCUCCCCUGUGUGUUAAUCUUAGAAAAAACACAUCUGCCUGUCCAUCCAUCUUUUUCUCUUUUCAGCAAAAGGAAAGCUGGGUAGAUAGUGAGAUGGGCGCCGUUGGUUGAAUAUACAGCUUCCCGUCUCUCUCUGCGCCGGCUUCUGUUGUGCUGAGAAGGGGUGGGCAGGUGCGCGCUUCCGUGUCUGUCAUCGGGUGGGACGCUCACUGGGGAUUACAGAUUGAGCUCUCUCUCUCUCUCUUUUUUUAGGUUGAAUUUUGUGAUGCUCUAAGUUUAUAAAAACUGUGUAGACGGGGACUGAGCAUUACCUUUAAAGGCACAUAAGAUUGCAUGAUAGUCGAGGCUUUUUUUUUCUUUUAAUGGUACCGAGGAAGUGAAAGAGGAGGAGACCCAGCAGCCCCAGCUCCAGGGGAAACUCCAAAGACCUCCUCCCUCGCUGUCGCCCCAAAGCAAGAGGCUUUUCUUCAAUCCAAGAGAUGUGUAUAAUGUCCUGGCAGAAGUCACUCCAUUCCACAGAUGUGGCUGUUGGGUGGGAUCAUUGCCGUAUUGAGCCAAGGUUGAGGGAGGGCCUUUCUUUUCUUUUUUCUACCCACCCCCACCCCCACCUCUUGCCUCGACCAGUUUUAACAUCUUAAUUCCUUGGUCCUUUUAAGGAGGGUCUUGGUGUUUCUUGGCAGAACUUUGCCGUUCCUGUGAACUGUGCUGCCUUUGCUGGGGGUGCCAUGAAGUCGGCCGCCAUCCGCGCAGGCAGCCGAAGGGGGACGGAUCAGCAUGUCCCAGCUGUGAAACGUGUGGUCACACCUUUUUGCUGCUUCUGGGCACAGGAGGUGACAGUAGCCUGGCUGCUGUGCGGACAUUCUCUUAGCACUGCUCGGAGGCCCAGUCUCUCGGCCUUGGUCUGGUUUCACCUGCCUUGAUCCUCUGUGAGGUUGGGAUGAAUGGUCUCCGCGUUUACCUUUCGGCUAAAUGUUUUCAGGUGGUGAAGUCAAUAGUAGCCGUCAGUUUAAGUUAUUUUGGGCUGUGGGCAGCAGUAGAUUGAAGGAACAGAAGAAAGAAAAGGAGGAAAUGCUCAAAUUGCUCUCUUGUGUGGGCCAGGCACUUGGACAUUCUUCUCCAGCAACCUUCUCAGAGGUGAUACUCCUGUUUCACAAGAUGAGAGACUGAGGCUCAGAGUUAAGCACUAGAGUUAGGAAUGAAACGCCCCUCUUCAGUGCCGAAGCCUCUUUCCACCACACCGUGCAGGCUGUGGGUGCCGUGGGGCAGGAAGGAGGUGUGCAGGCAGUGGGCUGGGUGCAGCGGGCCCCCUCCGUCAUCGGCUCCUGUGCUGGAAGCCAGGC